CACACUCACAGUUUGGCUUUAGUGUCCAGGAGUGUGAAGAUCAGGAAAGAUCAACCUACCUACUGUGGGUUGACCCCUGAGCCUCUGUGUCUCCUCUUCAAGGAUACAAGUUGAACAGCAGGGACAACAUCACAGGAGACAUUAUCAUGGAUCUUGGAAAGAAGCUCAGCACUCCAAAAGACAUCAUGUUGGAGGAAUUGUCACUACUUUCCAACAGAGGCUCCCGGCUUUUCAAAAUGCGCCAGAGGAGAUCUGAGAAAUACACCUUUGAAAGUAUUCAAAAUGAAGCAAAUGCUCUGCUGAAUAAUGACGUUCUGAACCAAAUGCACACUGUGGAAAUUAAAGUGGAACCACCAGCUCAGGGAAACAAUGCUAAUGCAGAUAACAUUGCUUCAGAAAAGUCAAACAGCACAGCAAUGCCCAAGUCCUACCACUCACCAUGGGAGGAGGCCAUCCUCCGUGACCCAGACCUUGCUGAUACUGUCACACUCAAAAUGCAGAUACCGGACCCCCGACCUGAGCUCCCUGAAUAUAAAUGUUUCAACCGAGUUGCUACUCCUUAUGGGGGGUUUGAAAAAGCUCCCAGAGGGAUCACAUUUAAACUCCCUGAUGUGGACCUGAAUCCACCACAAUACCCAGAGCUCAAUGAACCAGGGACAAAACGGCCCACCUUCAACAGGACAGCCCAGGGGUGGAUAUCUGAGGGCACCCAUCUCAUCCUACCAACUGUUACUCUGGAGGCCAUCAAUGUCCCAGAAUCGGAUGACCUGUAGAUGGUUUUAUUGGAUGGCAGCAUGGUGCAGUCUGUCGUAUUUAGCUCAGCUGGUGACAACAAAACAGUUAGUAGCACAGUGCAAGUCGUUUCUAAUAUUUAAGAUUUUAUCCCAGACAUUAGACAUUAUUUAUUACAGUGGAAAACAAAACAUAUCCAAAGUAAAUCAUGUAAAUAGCAAAUAAAAUGGGCUCUUCAUUCUCCUAUUCCACCAAUGCUAAAAGCAAAGUUGUAAAUUUUGACAAUGUUUGAAUAAGAUAAGAAAAAUGUCAUGUAAAUAAAGGCUCAAACUUAUUUAUUUGUGGUACAAGAGCAAAACUGAAACAUGCAUGUAUUGUGACCAGUUUUCAAUAUUUAUAGUCAGUUUUAUUUAGCACCAAAUCAUCUGUGGGCAUUUUAUAGAGUUUAAGACUUAAAAUGUCUUUGUGUGUAUCUUUGGUUGGUUCGUUUUCUUUGGUUUGUUUGUUUUUUUCUUUUCUUUUUUGUAUUUGUCAGUAUGUAGUGCAAUAAAUAUAUAAUGGAUACUAAUCAGUUAGUAUUGAUAUGUAAUUUUCAUGUGUCAUAUUAACAAGUAUAAAAACCAUUUGCAAGAUUUCCACUAACUGGCUUGAGGCUAUGUUCUAUGUAAAAGCAACACAUGAAGACUUUAACAUGUUAUAGUGAGCAUUGAGGCAAUAAAUUAGAAACAUCAAAUUCAUGAGUACAGAUCAUCUGACUGUAUUAUUAUUAUUUCAUAACUGAAAAAUAAUUUACACUAUCUGCUUUAAGAAAAUUACGUCCAGUUUCAGCUAUAUUGUCUCAAAUGGAAAAACUUUGCUUUGUCUGUUCUUUAGUCAUUAGACAAAAGUUGUAACUUCCCAGUAUGUCAGCACACAGCACAGAACUGUGUUUGAUGAUAUACUGCAUGUGUGUGAGAGAUGUUUAUGCUGAGCCUCUCAGGUCUCGAGAAAAUGUGUAACAGGUGAGUCUGUCAACAUGUCAAAACAUAAUGUAAUAUUUUAGGGUAUAGGUAACAUUUGUCAUUAACUAUUGAUUUGUAUUGGAGAGUGUUAAGUUGACAUAAUGCAAACCUUCAGCCGUGUAUUUAUUAAUACUGAAGGCUCACCAUGUGUUUAUUAUCUCUAAACCUAACCAUACUUUAACUGAUAUCUAAACCUGAUAUUGUGUUAUUGUAAGAACAGAUGGGACUUGGUUCUCUUGUGUGACAAUCCUUGCUGUAACACUACUAACAACAUUUUUGUUCUUCCUUAUAGCAUUUUCAGGACAUCCAAUAGUUGUGCAAUAUCACGACUGUUUCAUGUUAUGAAAACGCUACAACUUGCAAAGAAAAAUGUAGCCUUGUAAGGCUUUUGGAACUUUAGAAAUACACUUAUUUGUACUUAAAUUUAUUUACUUA